GAAGGAAGGAAGGAAACUGGGCAGGUGACACCGCGCUAGGUUACUCCAGCUCGGCGGGCGCGGGGCCGGCGGCAGCAGCGCGACGACCAUGCACGUCAAUGGCAAGGUGGCUCUGGUCACCGGUGGGGCGCAGGGCAUCGGCAGAGCCUUCGUUCAGGCGCUGCUAAGCAAAGGCGCGAAGGUAGCCCUGCUGGACCGCAACUCCGAGGCCGGGCAGGAAAGCAAGGGAGCCCUGGACGAGCAGUUUGAAGCACAGAGGACGGUGUUCAUCCAGUGUGACGUUACGGAUCAGGAGCAGCUGAAAGGUGCUUUCAAAAAAGUAAUUGAACAUUUUGGAAGGCUGGAUAUUGUGGUAAACAAUGCUGGAGUGAACAAUGAGAAGGACUGGGAAAGCACUAUACAAACUAACCUGACAUCUGUGAUUAGAGGAACCUACCUUGGCCUAGAAUACAUGAGAAAAGGAAAUGGAGGUGAUGGAGGAGUAAUCAUUAAUAUCUCAUCUUUGGCAGGACUCAUGCCUGCUGCAUUCCAACCUGUGUACUGUGCUACAAAGCAUGGUGUAAUUGGAUUCACACGGUCAAUAGCAUUAGCUGCUAAUAUGGAAAACUAUGGUGUGAGACUCAACACAAUCUGUCCAGGAUUUGUCAACACACCGAUUCUUCAGUCAAUAGAUAAAGAAGAGAACAUGGGACAAUAUUAUUCAUAUAAGGAUGAGAUCAAAAAUAUGAUGCAGUUCUAUGGCGUCAUGGACCCAUCAAUAAUUGCUGAAGGACUGAUAACAAUAAUUGAAGAUGAUACUCUAAAUGGAGAAGUUAUGAAGAUUACAGCAUCUCAAGGGAUUCAUUUUCAACAAUACAGUCAAACACCUUUCACAUCAUCAAAGAGAUAAAUAAUUGGUUUAUACUAAUUAUUCUGGGCUUUUCUUAAAUGCAAAAUAUUUUGAAAGGAGUAAUUUCUGGGAAAAAAAGAUUAGCACUGCAUCUAGAGCAGUGACCAGGUUCAAUUAUUUCUAUACUAAUAACAAAGAGAUGGACAAGAAAAUCUGGUAUGGGAAGAUGCUACCAUCCUAUUUUAUUCUAUAAGCACUAAUAAUAAUAUUAGUUCAGUAGAAUAAACACACUCCUCUGAAAAGUUUUGAUUACACAGUAAUAGGGGGCAUUUUUUUUUCUUCUAAUAGUCUGAUCUAUGUACUCCAAGUGUAUUUUGAUGGACCUGAAUUAUUUUGUAUAAUUCUUUUCACUGCCAUAAGAGUCUACUUAUUGACAUCUUGAAUUCAGUGCAAGAAUCUAGGACACAAACAAGGAGUUAAGAAUUCACUUUUUCUUAUGAAAUGUAAAAUAGAUCAACAAAUAGAAUUCUCUUUCUUCAUUUAUAUAUGCAACUGAAUAUGUUGUAUAUCACACAGGACAGUACAGGUUUUUUUAAUCUUCUUGUAUUUUAGCUAUUUAUAAAAUAGUUCAGAAACAUUUUUGUUCUCUUUUAUAAAUAUAUAUAUGAGUUUUCUACCUGUAUAUACAAGGAUGAAUACUUUGGUAUUGAUUGAUAUUAAAUCUCAUUUUCUAAACCUUUGAAUCUGCCUUGAUUAAUUAAAAUCUCAAGUAAAUCCUGCAUAAGCUGAGUUUUUUCAUGCUCUAUACUCAUCCAUUUUGGUAUCUCGAUGCACAUUCUUGGAUUGUGAUACCAUAUCACAUAGCAGCAACAAAUAAUCAAAAAUCAGUUUCCUACCUCCUGAGCAACACUGAACCUUCUCAAUCCAGUUCAUUCUCCAGCCACUUUUAUGAAACACACUUUGGUAUUCCAUGAAUUACAUGCCUGGUAAAAACAAUUUUUUACAUAGUAAUUUAUGUAGGCUCGUAGCAUAAGAUGAUUUAGGAACUCCUAGGAAAACAGAAAUUUCAUAUAGAUGUACUGACUUUAAUUUCACUGACCGAUUUUAUUCAUCAUUAUAACCUGUGCUAGUUUGAGGCUAAUUGGAAUAUUCUAAUGAGAAAAAAAUAUAGGCUGUGAAAAAGAAACAAUGGUGAUGUCUGCUUCACUCACUGAGCUAUAUAAAAGCCAGGAUGCAAACACAGAUAAGACAGCGAGUCUGUAUCUGUCAGAGUCGGUGUCUGCGUUUUUCUCCCUGGGCUUCUGCUGUUCCAUUGGAUCUGUGUAACCCAACUAAUCAUUCUGCUUCUAACCCCCCUUGCUGAUCCUCCCAACUCACCUUGCACGUAAAGCAGAUUCUGGGAUAGGUAGAGGGAUGGAAAGAAGGUGGAAAGGUGGCUGGGAGCUCCUCCUGAGGACUCUGAUUUCUGGGAGAGGUAUUGUGUUUCUGUAUUACUUUUAACUUCUAUAUUUCUGUAUAUAUUUGUAAUACAUUGUAAACAUCUGCUUGUAUAUUGUGCUAA